UUAAACACUAUGGGGUGUGUUUGUGAUGGAAUUAAACUGCGAUGUUCUAGAAAAAUUGAACCAAAAGAAGAUGACAGAGAAGGUCCGCCAACAUGGACACAGGAUGAGAUAUCCGUGUUGCAAAACAAUUGGCAAGUUCUAAAGCUUCAUUUAGCUAAUAUAGGAGUGAACACUUUCAUAAGUCUUUUCGAAAGUAAGCCGGAGUUGAAAGACUUGUUCAAACAGUUCAGAGGGAAAGAUUUAAAGAUUUUAAGGUUUACGAGUUUGCUACGAAAACAUGCAAAAAGAGUCAUGGCCACACUAGAAAAAUGUGUUCUUCACUUAGAUGAUCCAGCUUCUGUCAUUCCAUCAUUGACAAAGUUAGGGAAGGUGCACGCUAAAUCAAAGGUGCCAGACAACUACCUUGAGCUUAUCCUGCCUUUUUUCCUUAAUUCAAUUAAACCAUACAUAGAGGAGUUUUGGUGUUCAGCAUUAGAGGACGCCUGGUCAAAAGUAUUUAUUUGGAUGACGUUUCACAUACGAGAAGGAAUGGUGAAAUACGACAAGAGAUAGCUUGGGCUGGUUCACACUGAAAGCUUAUCUUUUUUAAUGAUAUAUAUGUAAAUCUGAUGCUAUUGUACAGUUUGUUCGUUUUGAUGAUUUAAUGCCAAUUUUUACACAUUGAAGAAGAACAUAUUUAUCUUACCAGUUUUUCUUCCCGUCAAGUGACCGAGUUACAUGUCUACGUCCCCGCGAGGGGUAUAGAUAAAUAGACUAUUAAUCCCAUAUGAUAACCAGUGGUGGGGAAACAAAUGACUGAAUUCAAUUGUCACCUUAAUAACUAAUUCGAUGUUCUCCAUAUACUUGGCUAUGUGGGCGGACUGCAGUUAAAAUAACACAUACAUAAGAGCCGUUGAGCCUUUACACAUUCAACUUUUUAAAUUAGCUUAGAAAUAAAUUUGACUAAAUUCUAUAUUUUCUUCUUUGAAUUUUUUAUUGUUGAUAUAAAACAUUGAUUAAUUUGUA